AUGUCUAACGUGGCCGAACAAUUUGAGCAACUCUCAUUGGAUUUCAGCAAAUCGCAGAACCAGAUCCAAGAGCUCGCAGCCGCCAGAUCACAGCUCGAGACGCAACUUCAAGAAAACAAGAUUGUACUUGAUGAGUUUGAGGAAUUGGACGAGGAUGCCAAAAUCUACAAGAUGACAGGGCCUGUGCUCUUGCCACAUGAUUACACCGAGGCCAAGCUCAACGUGACCAAAAGAAUUGAGUUUAUCGAGGGAGAAAUCAAGCGGGUGGAGGCGAAGAUCGAGGCCCAGCAGAAACUGAUGGAAGAGACGAGAGGGAAGCUUCUACAGACCAAGGCGCAAAUGCAGCAGGCACAAUGA